AUGCAGCUGCAUGCAUCUCCUAGUUCCCCUGCUGCUCCUGCUGCUGCUGCUGCUGCUGCUGCAGCAACGACAGCAGCAGAUGCUGCUGCAGCAGGAGGCAGCGCAGCAGCAGCAGCAGCAGCAGCAGCAGCAGAUACAGAGAAGCAAGCAGCGCUACGCAGGUACAAGGAGCAGCAGCAGCGGCUGCAGCAGCACCAUGACCGCCGCCUCGGCCUCAGCAGCCCAGCUGCUGCUGCUGCUGCUCAGCAGCAGCAGCAGCAGCAGCAGCAGCAGCUGAAGCAGCAGCAGCAGCACCCCAGUACGCCCUACUGGCAGGGCCCGCAGCAUCCACAGCAGCAGCAGCAGCAGCAGCAGCACGGCUCGCCCUACUGGCCGUCUCAGCAGCAGCAGCAGCAACCGCAGCAGCAGCAGCAGCAGCAGCAGCAGCAGCAGCAAACUCGUUCGCCUCCAGGCCCCCACCCGCUGAAGCAGCAGCAGCAGCACCCCAGUACACCUUACUGGCAGAGCCCGCAGCAUCCACAGCAGCAGCAGCAGCAGCAGCAGCAGCAGCACGGCUCGCCCUACUGGUCGUCUCAGCAGCAGCAGCAGCGACCGCAGCAGCAGCAGCAGCAGCAGCAGCAGCAGCAGCAAACUCGUUCGCCUCCAGGCCCCCACCCGCAGCAGCAAGGAAUGCACUGGCUCUAUCCUCCUCCCUUUCCUGCUGCUGCUGCUCCCCCCCCCUUCUACCCGCAGCCUUACAUGCAGCAGCAGCAGCAGCAGCAGCAGCAGCAGCAGCAGCAACCGCAGCAGGGAGGACAUCCAGAAGCACAGUCACAGCAGCAGCAACAACAGCAGCAGCAGCAGCAGCAAGGGCCUCAGAGCAACCCCACCUUUCAACACCAGCAGCUGCAGCAGCACAGCAGCAGGGUGCAGGAGCAGCAGCAGGUAAUGCUUCGAAUUCUCAGGGCGGCCCAUCAAGUGCUGCUGCUGCUGCUGCUGCUUUUGCUGCUGCUGCAACAGCAGAAGAUGCUGCUGCUGCUGCUACAACAGCAGGUCCUGCUGCAGCAGCAGCAGCAGCAGCGCAGCAGCAGCAGCAGCAGCAGCAGCAAGGGCCUCAGAGCAACCCCACCUUUCAACACCAGCAGCUGCAGCAGCAGCACAUGCAGCAGUUCUGGCAGCUGCAGCAAAUGUAUUUCAUGCAGUGGCAGCAGCAGCAGCAGCAGCAGCAGCAGCAGCAGCAGGCUGCAGGAGCAGCAGCAGCUGCUUUUGCAUCUCGUGCAGCAGCAGCAGCAGCAGCAACAGCAGCAGCAGCAGCAGCAGCAGCAGCAGCAGCAGCAGCAGUGCAGUUGUGACAAAGCGUUUGAUCUGCUGCGGGUGCGCACGAGUGGGGGCCGCGUUUACUUUUAUAAUAAAGAGACAAAAGCAGCAACAUGGAGGGCCCCUGAGGAGCUGCAGCAGCUGCUGCAGCGGAUAGACAAAGCAGCAGCAGCAAUUGCUGCUCUUGAUGAUGAUGAGUGGGAAACACCAGACGAAGAAGAACAGCAGCAGCAGCAGCAGCAGCAGCAGCAGCAGCAGCAGCAGCAGCAGAGGCAGCAGCAGGAAACAGCUAGAUCUGCGGUGGUGCCGAUGAUGAUGAGUGGGAAACACCUGACGAAGAAGAACAGCAGCAGCAGCAGCAGCAGCAGCAGCAGCAGCUGCAGCAGCAGCAGCAGCAGCAGCAGCAGCAGAGGCAGCAGCAGGAAACAGCUAGAUCUGCGGUGGUGCAAUACCCACAACAACAGCAGCAGCAACUGCAGCAGCAGCAGCAGCAGCAGAAAUAUGCAGCAGCAAACGGCAGCAGCAACAGCAGCAGCAGCAGCAGCAGCAGCAGCAGCAGCAGGAGCAAUCUCGCUCUGUUUGGUUUUUUGGGUUGCUUUGGACCCUUCGCUGUAUAUGAAAAAGUAA